AUGUCUUCAACAGGCGUCCAACCAGCCUCCCUUCUCUCGAUCCCCUGCGAACUCCGCAAUACCAUCUACGCCUACAUCUUCGAACCAGAAUCGACGGACGCGAUCAAUAGCAUACCCGCGAAACCAGAUGAGUUCGCAGUCGCGUUGCAGCUCCAAGACCCAGCGCGAUACGCAGCAGCAUACAGAUCCACACAUCGCGCGUGCCAGCAACUACGCGUCCUCCAGACAUGCAGAAAGAUCUACCAUGAGGCGCAUUUACUCGCGCUCUCUUGCACACCAUUCCUCGUAGACGGCGAACUCGCUUACCCAGACGUCUUCGACCUCCGCUCCCGCCCCCUAACACCCGCAAAGAUAGGCGCAAUCCGCCACAUCACCAUCUCAGCCCGCACCUCCAAACUCAGAGCAUUGAACGAAGCAUGGUGUGGACUGCCAUUCGGACACCCUAGCCUUCGGCUAGAAACGUUGACGAUCGUCCCCAACCGCGCAGAAUGCCACAUUCGGAGCAUGGGCGAAAUCGCGGAUCUCUCGCAAUCGCAUACGUUGGCCUACAGCCUCUCGGAAACAAUGAAGAGUCUGAGGAACGUGAAAUGUAUCAUUGUGCGGAAUGAUGGAUGCUUCAAUGAAGUAGUUUGGAGGCUGUUUUAUCGCAGUUUUGUGUAUAGACUCUGGAGGUGGGGAGGGGCGAUUUGUGGGAUUAGGUUUGAGUCUGGGGAGCGGGGGGCUGGUGGGAGUGGGAAGGCGGAGAAUCAGUGGUUUAGGGUGUAUAUGGAGGACGGGGCUGAGGGGAGGGGCGUGGAGUGUGGACAGGAGGUUGGUCGAUUAGUUGGACAGACUGGAGAGGUGCCGGAUAUAAAUCCUGCGGGCGUUGGGCCCUAG